AUCAACAUGAGGCUGUACGCGUUUGUCCUAUUUCUGAUAGCCGGGGCGCGGGCGAUGCCGACCCUGGAUAAGGAGGCCAACGACCCUGGGCUGGUCGGGAGCGUCAUUGGUGUCGUCAAGGAGUGUGUUGACGGAGAUGUGUCAUUGUGCUUAAAGGAAAAAGCAAUGAAGUAUGUGGAGAGUUUAUCAUCAGCGCGCGAGAUGAAUUUGAUUGAAGGAGUGACCCUAUUGGGCACUGGAUCCCCAAGGUCCGCGAGGGCAUAUGAACCCUUAGCAGACGAGCCGAAGGUCAGGGAGGCGCAAGUGGAAUCCAGACUUGUGGAUUCAGCUGCUGAUUUCCUGGAAAACCAUGUGAUCCAGUUUCGACUUCCCUCAUCAGCUGUUGAGGGCAUGAAACGUUCUCUUGAAGAAGCUCGUGGCAAAAAGAAGAAGCUCAAACAACUCAUCCCCCUCUUAGCCAUCGCCAAGCUCAAGAUCAUGGCACUCAUUCCUUUGUUCUUGGGUAUCAUUGCCUUUGCUGCCGCCAAAGCCGUCCUCUUAGCAAAGAUUUCUCUUCUGGUUGCUGGUAUCAUCGCUCUGAAAAAGCUGCUCGCCAGCAAACACCAUGAGACUAGCUAUGAAGUGGUCGCCCACCCACAUCACGAAGAGUCACACUACUCCAGUGGUGGCCACGGUUGGGGAAGGUCGAUUGACGAAGCGCAAAACUUAGCCUACUCAGGUCACAUCAAAUCAGAUUAAAGCAAAAUUGGAGUCACACAAGGAGCACUUCUAGACCUUAUUUAUUUUCAUAGGUAUACGAACGACAACUCGAAUAUAAAACGCGCGUUAUGAGUUAUUUAUUUGAUAGUUUUAAGAAUAUUUAUUGAGUAUUUAUUAAUCGAAGUCCCUUUGUAAGGGGCGGUAAUGAACGAUUAAUUGUUGUUUUUGUUUUCCAUAAAAUGUUCUGAGUUUGUAUGAUCCCCUCUUGUUAUACUAUAUUAGUAUUAUUUUUCAAACCCUAUACGGUAUCCGUAUUUGUGUAUUUUGUUAUAAACAAAUAUUUUAUUAUGCUCGUUACUAUUAUCUUUGUGAUCGAGUCCUAGUCCUUUUCUUUAAGUCCUAAUUCUUAUAUUUAAGUAAUAUUUUAUAAUGUAUUAUUGAUAUUUCCUAUACAUUUU